AUGCGGAAUCCAGCGUGGAAGGCUCUUCUCCUCAACGAACUAGCCAAGAAUAUUAAGGAAGCGCGAGACGCUGCCUAUGUGUCGCUAGCCACCAUUCGCCCAGACGGCUCGCCGGCCAACCGUACUGUUGCCUUUCGAGGCUUUGUCGCGCAGGACCACGCUGAUGAGACAGGCUGGGAGAGUGACCUUCUUUUAUUCACUUGCGACAAACGAACAGAAAAGAUGAAGGAAAUACGACAUGACCCUCGCGUGGAAGUUUCAUGGUGGAUGUCUUCUACCGGAGAACAAUUUCGUAUCCGCGGUCGCAUGCACCUUAUUGAACAAGGCAACGAAGACCUCCUGAAAGAUCAUAUUUAUCGAAAAGAAGAUACCUCAGUCUCUAGUCAUGCUAGUGCUGCUACCACGUCGUUCCUUGCCCGGCUAAAACAUCUAAGUAAUGUCUUGGGCAACGACCAAUUCUCUUGGGAGGCGGAGAGGCUGCGUCACUGGCACAAGAUUUCCGACGACUUGCGAGCUACUUUUACUUGGCCCCAUCCAGGACUCCCUUACGAUGAAAAUGGGACAUUUUUGAAAUCACUUCCCAUCGAACAGACCGAGAAAGAUGGUUGGUUCAAACAUGGUGAUAAACAAAAGCAAACACUCCUGGAAGAAGGUUACAGCAACUUUAUCUUGCUGGCAUUAGAAGUGGAUAGUAUAGACCACAUAGAACUUUAUAGCAUGCCAUGUAAACGACGUGUCUACCAUAAGCACGAUGACACUUGGGCAGAGGAAGCUCUUAACCCAUGA